AUGGCACGAAAGGGUGAGACUUGUAUUUUCAGAAUGGUACCGUCGAGACCUACACUGCAUCAAUUAACGGCACCCAUGAAGUUACCGGUGAGCUUCUUCCCCGCUGGAAAUGACACUCCCGCAAUCGCAGCUCAGCCGUGGGAACUGGAGUUCAUUUUUGGAUCAGAUGAAAAAGUGGCUGCUUUCGAGCUGCUCGAUUAUUCUCUCACUACGGCACCAGUUUGGGGGGUCAAUGCAUCUUCAAUCUACAAAUUCACAAAGGCCGACGGUCAAGUAGACUUCCAGGGACAUGAUAAAAAUGCUUUCAAAUGCUCGAAUAGCGAUCUGCCAUUGUCAAACAGUUCUACCAUUGAUCUGAAGAACGUCAAUGUGCUCGCUUUCGCACAUUUGGACCAGCCGGAGUUCCCCAAACAGCAGAGUCAGUUCUUUUAUCUUUUCUUUGAUAGACAUCUACAUCGAUCGGUUGGUCAGUUUUUUCUUAUUGGUAAGGUUUACUGGAAUUUCCCGUAUAUGUGCUGCGUCCUCGCAUCAAAACGCAGCUAGUC